AUGUCAGAGAAAAGUGUUGCAUCAGAUAAAAUAACAAGAAAGUACAGACCAUACUCCCCUACAUCCAUGACAAAUGCUUAUCAUGCUAUUAAGGAGCAUCGGAUGUCUGUAUGGAAAGCAGCUAGGGUUUACUGUGUUCCGGAAACCACACUUCGACAAAGAGCAUUGGGGAGAGUUGACCCUGAGAAACUAACGUCUGGAGUUUCUCCUGUUCUUUCGCUAGAGGAAGAAGCUGCAUUUGUUGACCAUUUAAAGGUUAUGGCUAGUUGUGGCUAUGGCUACACUAGAUCAGAAGUAGUAAACAUGGCCUCAGAAUAUGCCUGCAGUUUGCAGAAACGUGACAGAAAUCAUCCAUUUUCAAUGAAGUGGUUCAAAGGCUUUAUGAUGCGGUGGCCAGAACUGAAUGUUUCAAAGCCUCGCGCGUUGUCAGCUGCCAGGGCAAAGUCAACCUCUGAAGAAGUAGUGUCAAAUUACUAUCGAGAAUUAGACACCAUUCUUAAGAAGUACGACCUAGUCGAUAAACCUCAGUGCAUAUACAACAUUGAUGAAAAGGGGUUACAAACAGAACACAGACCACCCUGCAUUGUGGGUUCUAAGAUGUCAACAACACCUGCUAUAACAUCUGCCAGAUCUUCUACAGUAACUGUCAUAGGUUGUGGCAAUGCUUUAGGUACACAGAUGCCUCCGUAUUUCGUUUUCCAAGGGGCUCGAAUGAGACAGGAAUUGAUGGUAGGUGCAUCGGAGGGUGCUCAAGGCACAGUAACAGACAGUGGUUGGUCGAACUCUGAAGUCUUUCAGACUUAUUUAUCUGAACAUUUUCUUAAAUAUGUCCAAAGACCGAAUGAAAACCAACCUAUCCUAAUUCUUUACGACGGACACAAAUCACACAUUAACCUCACGCUUGUUGACUGGGCAAAGCAACAUAAUAUUGUUUUAUUUGUUCUGCCUGCCCAUACAAGCCAUGUUCUUCAACCUCUAGACCUUGGAUGUUUUGGCCCAUUUCAAAAAAUCUAUAAUGCCGAGUGCCAUAAAUUUUUACGUGAAAAUCCAUCUUCAAAAAUUACAAGAUAUAAUAUUUGCUCAUUAGCUUGUAAAGCGUAUGCACAUGCUCUUUCACAAGGAAAUUUGCAGUCCUCAUUUCGACGCACUGGAAUUUUCCCAUUCGAUAAAAAUGCAGUGGACCCUUCCAAUUUUGCUCCUUCUGUAGUUUUUUCCGCAGCAGAACAAUGUCCAGACCAAGAUGCAAGUUCUUCAACUCAACCUGAAUCCUCUGAUGCCGAUGACACAGAAGAUGAAAAAGAGAAGUGCUGUGUUUGUAAACACUUUUGGCCAGAGGAGAUAAAGGACUGCGACUUAGUUGUUUUUGUGAAGUGGGCUCAGUGUAGCUUUGAAAAAUGCGACCACUGGACCCACUUGCAGUUUUGCUGCGCAACUAAAGUAAUUAGACGGGGUGACGAAUUUAUCUGUCCCUGCCAUAAUAAUAAAUAA